AUGGCUCGCUUUCCCACUUUUUCUCCUGAAUCCGGCAACCCAUUCUCCAGCAGCCCCAGUUACUCAAACGGAAACUUGACCACAGCACGAACAAUGCCAGACCAAUCCACCAUUGACUUAUUCAAGGAUCGUCAUAACCGUUUGAUGAGCACGGAAAAUGAGAAGAAUAAACUUAUUGAAGACCUCCUGUGUCGCCUCGAGCUUACAGAGGACCAAUAUCAAAGAUCCCGACUUGACCAUGACAGGGAGAUCAGGUACAACCGGGAAGGUCAGAUGCGAGAAAAUCAACUACAAAAUCAGCUCCGCGGAGUGAAAGGACUUAUGGAUAGGAAUGCUUUCGUCGUUGUCCUUCUUGACGGCGACGGCAUGAUAUUCAGUGAAGAACUUCUCCAGCAAGGAGAAAAAGGCGGCAAGGAGGCAGCCAGUCAACUCUGGGGUGCAAUGAACGAUUUUGUUCACCGGGCUAUUCCUCAUUUAUCUUCGCCCAAGAUUUUAGCUCGAAUUUAUGCCAAUGUGAAAGGACUGGGCGAUGUGCUUCAAAUGUCUGGCAUAAUCGACAGAGCGACACUAUUUGAAGAUUUUGCUAGAGGCUUUAAUGGGAGUAAGCUACUCUUCGACUUUAUCGACGUUGGAAAUGGCAAAGACAAGGCAGAUGACAAAAUCACGGAAAUCUUCAAAUUGUAUCUACAUGACAUUCAUUGCCAUCAGAUCCUUCUGGGCUGUUCGCACGAUAACGGAUACGCUCGACUUUUAGAUGAUACUAUGGGAGAUGCUAUGCUUAUGGAUCAUAUUACUCUGCUUGAAGGAGUACCAUUCGAGCGAGAAUUGGCCAACCUCAGGGCGAGCUUUAGGACAACCAAAUUUGAUAACAUGUUCCGCGACACGAAGUUGGCGACUCCUUAUCAGCUCAAAAACGCACCAGGUCCAAUCCAGCGACCACUACAAACGAUUUUCGCUAACAUACCAAUCGGAUCGCCGCUCGCCCAGGUACCUUCAAACAGCACCACAGAUGAAAUCACAAACAGCACAACCACCAGCAUAACUUCCAAAAGCAACACCCCAGCUCCUACCUGGGCAUCAAUGACUGCCGCACCCUUCAUCCCCUCGGCGUCCUCUCCUGCCGCUCGAUCCGGCAUGAAGAACGGCACAGGCCCACUCAAAUCCACUCCAGGGAUCAACCGCAACCGUCUCGGUCAAAGAGUCGACGAUCUCGACGAAUCAAUACCAAACGAGGACAUCAAACGCGUCAAGAAGCUCAAACUAUGCAAUGUCUACUACCUGAACGGCGCAGAUGCUUGCAACAACGCCCGCUGCACGCACGAUCACGAUUACAACAUCACCAAGAACGAUCUCAAGACGUUGCGCCAAGUGGCGAGGAUGACGCCCUGCUACUUCAAGACGGAAUGCGACGACCCCAAAUGUAUCUAUGGGCAUAGGUGUCCGCAGAGCCAGCCGAACUCGAAGGAGUGCUGGUAUAAGGAGGAUUGUCGAUUUGCCGGGUGGGGCCACGGGAUUGAUACGAGGAUCUGCAAGACCACAAAGGUCUGA